AUGCAUGGAGUGACCAGAGAGACACCCACAUUAAACGGGGGUGGAAGGGAGGAGCAACGUCCCCUGAAACAGUCCCUGAGUGGUUCCCUGUGCCGUGAGUCCCAUUGGAAGUGCCUACUGCUUACCUUACUCAUGUAUGGCUGCUUUGGCACGCUGGGCUGGUGCUCCUUGUAUCGCAUCACUGUCAUGGCGUCUGAGUUCAACGGUCCUGCUCGCCUCUACCACGAGAGUCCCUGUUCCAAUGGCUACAUCUACAUACCUCUGGCUUUCCUGGGUAUGCUCUACAUAGUCUACCUGGUUGAAUGCUGGUAUUGCUACUCCAAAACUGCCAACCUGGCCAAGGUGGAGAUUAGCCAGGUCUACGAUCGCAUCCAGCGGCUGCAACAAGCCACACCCUGCAUCUGGUGGAAAGCUAUAAGUUACCACUACGUACGGCGGACCAGACAAGUAACGCGCUACCGCAACGGUGAUGCCUACACCACCACACAGGUGUACCAUGAGCGAGUCAACACGCAUACGGCCAGCUCAGAGUUUGACUACUCCAGGCAUGGAGUCAAAGAUGUUUCCAAAGAACUGCAGGGCUUGAUGGAUCAUCCAGCAACACGAGUACGAUUCACCAAGUGCUUCAGCUUUGCUAGUGCCCGUGCUGAGACUGCCUAUCUGACACAGAGAGCUCGCUUCUUUGGCGACAAUGAGGGUCUAGAUGACUACAUGGAGGCACGGGAGGGCAUGCACCUGAAGAAUGUGGAUUUUCGGGAGCACAUGCUGGCAUUUCCGGACUUAUUGCGUCAACCCUGGUUCUCACGGCGCUUUGUCUACUGGCUGGCUUCUGCACUCCUGCUGUCCUGGCCUUUGCGGGUUGUGGCUGAGUACCGCACCGCGUACGUCCACUAUCACGUAGAGAAACUGUUUGGCGAAAGUGAGGAUGAUAAUGACAACAGUGAGACAGGGAACUACCGCUUGGGAUUGGAGCACAACAUCGGUGGCCCUACCUUACAGUUCAUAUCACGAGUCAACACAGUGGACAUGACUGAACUGGAAUGGCACAUUCGCUGUAACCAGCAGGUGGUGCCAAGCUAUUCUGAGGCCUUGCUCAUGGAUUUGGACAUGAACACGGACAAUCCCUUACCUUUGGCCAGGGCACCAUGCUCAUGGCGCAACUCCAGCUACUUCCUUCAGAACUGCCCCCGCUGCCGACGUUCCACUAGCAGCUUCUCAUUGCCUUCACGGGUGAGGGGGAACGGGCCCAUGGGGGUAAAUUCUCUGCCCAUUAGGGGUGGAGGGGGAAGGUUAGCAUUGAGCCGCAGUGGCUUCACUCUGGGGCGUUUGCACUCCUCAAGACAUCGGCACCCUUGCCUGUUUCAUUCGAGGAGCCUAGGUGGAGGAAUUGGUGGGAGAAUUGAAGACGGAAGUGGGACCUUUCUGGGCCUGGGGUUCCGCAUGCCUGAUGAGGAGAGACGCGCUGUUCUGGAAGGGGAGGGCCUAGAGGAUGAAGGGAAUGAAGAGGGGGAAGUGAGAAGACAGGUGCUGGAAGAAGAGAGAGAGAAUGGCGAAUGUAGAAAUGGAGAGAGAGACAGGCCUCCAUCCUAUCAGGAUGCGUUGUACUUUCCUGUAUUGAUUGUUCAUGGAGAAGAGAGCUGUCAUGGUGGGCGGGACAUUGACACAGGAUAG